ACCAUCGGCCUUUGUUGGGCCAGGCACAGGCGAGCAGCGCGUGAGCGCGAAGAGGAGGUCUCGCUCUCGCAGAUUCCACCCCACCCCGCCGCGCAUGCUCGCCCAUCAUCCGAUCCCAAAUCCGCAACCCACACCGUCCCAAUCGUCCGCGCCGACCCCCGUGAUCCCUAAGAUCAAGACAAUCCCCGGCCCGGCCAGCCCCCGCCGCCGCCCCCUCCUCGCCCGGCGAAGAUGCACCUGUGGCCGUCGCUCCGGAUCCGGGACUCGUUCAAGCACGCCUACCUGGAGAAGCUUGAGUUCAACCUCGCCCACAAGAAGCGCGCGCAGGGGCAGGGGCAAGGGCGGCAGGGCCAGGACGGGGACGAGGCGCCUCUGCUCGAGGGCCGCUCGUCGUCGAUGGUGGCCACCGCGUUCGAGCUCGCCUGCGACGCCGCCAUGCUCCUUUCGUGCUGCUGUUGCUGCUUCUGCUGCGGCGCUUGUGGUGGUGAGGAGGACGAUCCUCUAACAGCUCGCUGAUGCCGGACGCUGAGAGCCACCUCCAGAAGCCAGAGAACUCAAUAGAUCAGGAAAAGCAUAUAAUGCAUGCAGCUGUGACGGGUCGUACUCAAACUAAUUGUACAUAUGGAGUUUCGAUCUUCUGCUGUUGUGGCCCGGUUUAAAAUGCCACUGACAAGUAGUCUUACUGGCGCAUUUCCUAUUUCGCAGUAGGAAAUUUCUGCAGUGCAGGCUUCACAAUUGAUCUGUAUACUCCAUAGCCGUAUGUACAUUCAGUUUCAGGGUAUGUGCAACUGCCAUUUCUCA